UCAAACUUCAAUCCAAAAGACUUCCAAAAUCAAAAUCGUAGCGGUUAAUUCACAGAUAAUUUCUCUUUGAUCAAGUUAAAACGUUUUACAAUUUGCAUAAGUUUAAUUUUGUUUAUAUUAAAGACAUAUCUAAUUUCAAAUAAAUCUUAUUAUGCCGAAAAUAACAAAAUUACACAGUACGGUUAAAUCUAAACACUUGCAAAAACCAACAAAAGCCAAAGAUUCUUCAGAACAAACUGACCCAGAGGAAUCUCAAAGGGAGUUUCAAUUGCAGUUAGUUUGGUGCAUUCAACAAUUAGAAAGAACUUUAGCGGAAAAGAAAGGAAAUGAAAAACAAUUACAAGAAAUCUGGAAAGUCCUAACAAUAUUAAAGAAUAAUAACCAGCCAAUAGUCCGGAAAAGGCAACUAAUGAGGACACAUUUAGGAGACUAUAGAGCGAAAAUGGCUGCUGAAGAGAAGAAACUAGUCAAAAUGGCUAGCAAAAUAAAAAUUUCGGAAAGUCCAGCUCAACCGAAAGCUACAUUUUUAAGAAAAUCAGCAUUUUUAUCAACCGGCGAGAGUAGUUUUCAAUUUAACUUUGAUGUACCACCACAGAGUUGUAAUGACAAGGCUGAAAAUUCCCCUAUUGGUGAUGGCAAUACUGAAAACAGCAAAGGUACAGAUAAAAAAAUAGCAAAAGAUUCAGUAGCAGAGAGUAAUCAUAAUAAAUGCAAAUUUAUUUCAACCAGUGGCUCUGGUUUUAUGUUUAAUUUUAAAGUAGAUGAUUCAUAAAUAAUUUAAUUUGGUAAGGAUAACUGUGGAAAAACCUCGCAAUUAAUUUUGAUUCAUUUAUUUUUUUAUGUAUGUUUUUUGUAUUGCCUGUUUGAGAAUAUGUCAAAUUUUAUUAUACUAUUUGUGAAUGUUUCAAUUUUGUGAGUGAUGAUGAUAUUGUAAAGUACUAAUGGUGUUUUUUAUUAGUUACAAAUUACUCAUUGCUUUGAAAAAACCAGAAAAAAGUUGUAAAAAUUGAGGUUACACCAUGCAGGACUAAUAUUGCCAUGUCAUAGUUGAAAUGUUAUCAUAUUAGUUAAUAUAAUUUUAGGAUGGAUUUGUAAUUACGAUUUUUAAACUGUAAAUAUUGUAUUAAUUUUCUUUAACUUAAAUAAUAGUGUUUUUUCACAUGAAUGGCAUCACUUUCGCUCCCAGGAGGAGACAGAAAUGAUUGUACUUAUAGUAAAAAUAGGUAAAGUUUUGUAUGCCUGUAAAUAAAUUUUGAUUUUUUAA